AAAAUAAUAAAAAUUUGUUUCAGUUGUUAACGCACGCCUUUCACGACCAGGAAAAUGGCUAUAGCCAAUUAGAGCUUUACACGUAGAAUCCCACCAACAUAGCCCAUUAUAAAAGUAAAGCUUAAUUAUACAAUAUGAUGCCUCUGCCUCUCUCUGUCUGUAGAUUUCACGCUCACAGAUUUCCAUUGAAAUGGCUUCCCCUUGUCCAUCUUUUCCUUCUCUGCAACUUAACUUCCCUUGUCUUCAUAAAUCAUCAUCGUCGAAACCAUAUUCACGGCGACUAUUGGUUCGCCCGAUCGCCGCCUCUGUUUCGGAGAAACCAUCUGUCCAGGCAUCACCAGCAACUCAACCUUUGAUCCGGGAAAUCCCGGGAGAUUAUGGCCUUCCUUUUAUCGGUCCAAUCAAAGACCGUCUUGACUAUUUCUACAACCUUGGUAAAGAAGACUUUUUCAAGUAUAAAAUGCAGAAGUACCAGUCAACUGUCUUUCGAACCAACAUGCCACCUGGUCCUUGCAUCUCUGAUCAUCCCAACGCCAUCGCUUUGCUAGACGGUAAGAGCUUUCCGAUUCUUUUUGACGUCACUAAAGUUGAAAAGAGAGAUCUUUUCACGGGUACUUUCAUGCCCUCAACCGAACUCACUGGUGGUUAUCGUGUUUUGUCAUAUCUUGAUCCGUCUGAACCGAAUCAUGGAAAACUAAAACAACUUUUGUUCUUUCAAUUAAAGUCUAGCCGAGACAGGAUUAUCCCAGAGUUUCACUCCACCUACACUAACCUGUUUGAGGCUCUGGAAAAAGAUUUGGCCACCAAAGCCAAAGCCAAAGCCAAUUUCUCUAAAGCCAAUGACCAAGCUGCCUUUAACUUCUUGGCACGAUCCCUUUACGGCGUAAACCCGGCUGAUACUAAACUCGGCAACGAUGGCCCUGCUAUUAUUCCUAUAUGGGUUCUCUUUCAACUCAGUCCUAUUCUCACUCUUGGCUUACCAAAGCUUGUUGAGGAACUUUCCAUCCAUACAUUUCGUCUUCCUCCCUUCUUGGUUAAAAAAAAUUACCAGAGACUGUACGAUUUCUUCUACGAGUCAUCAGGUCCCAUUCUCGACGAAGCAGAGAGAUUGGGCAUCUCCAGAGAAGAAGCAUGCCACAAUCUGUUAUUUGCGACGUGCUUUAAUUCCUUUGGAGGAAUGAGGUUUUUCUUUACCAACAUGAUGAAAUGGAUCGGUCGAGCAGGGGUCAAACUCCACACGCAGUUGGCAGAAGAGAUCAGAUCAGUGGUCAGAUCCAACGGCGGAACGGUCACGAUGGCCGGGAUGGAGCAGAUGCCGCUGAUGAAGUCCGUCGUGUACGAGGCAUUUCGCAUCGAUCCUCCCGUACCGUUUCAGUACGGAAAAGCCAAAAAAGAUAUGAUUGUUUCAAGCCACGAUGCAUCGUUUGAAGUGAAAGAAGGAGAACUAUUAUUCGGGUACCAGCCUUUUGCAACAAAAGACCCGAAAAUAUUCGAGAGAGCAGAGGAGUUCGUGGCGGACAGGUUUGUCGGCGAAGGCGAGAAAUUGCUAAAGCACGUGCUCUGGUCAAACGGACCGGAGACAGAGAAACCCACCUUGGGAAAUAAACAGUGUGCUGGGAAAGAUUUUGUGGUGCUGAUUUCUAGACUUUUGGUGGUUGAAUUGUUUCUCCGGUAUGAUUCGUUAGAGAUGGAAGUAGGAAAGUCACCACUGGGUGCGUCUGUGACGGUAACCUCGCUGAAGAGAGCGACCUUCUGAUUUCAUUAUAUUAUUUGAUUAGAUUUGAGAAUAAAUAGCAAUUGGUUUCUUUGUUUAUGUUUCUUUCUGCAUGUAUUCAGUAGGUGACUUUUAGUAAAAAGGGCUCUGAUUCAGUUUUGGUUGCUUGUGAGGAAAAUGGAAGAACUUGUAAGGAAUGUGUCUGAUUCUGAUCAUCUUGUUCUGUUCCAUUCAUGAUACAAAAGUUGACAAAAUAACAAAAGCAAACUUUUUGUCCCAA